AGGAAGAGAAGCUUCUUCAAACCUGAAUCCAGAAACAUGGACGCGUGUCUGAGAAGACUCAAACAAGAAAUGCUGUCAAUGAGAGAAGCUGGAGAUGGCCUCCACGCUCAGAUGAACUCAAUGAUGGGAGCUCUCCAGGAACUCAAGCUCCUUCAGGUUCAGACAGCUCUCGAAAGCCUCGACAUAUCAGGACGGCCCAUAAAUCGGGGAAUCCCGCAGUCUGCUUCAGUCGCUCGCAUGAACUCGUCAGCUUCAGCAGCUUCAGUUUCCACACAACGACGCAAGUUCUGCAUUACACAAACUGCCCCAGAGGAGUCCAGACCGAGCUCAAUGCAGAGUUCAAGGUUGUCCAUCGAGAGCAGAAACUCUUUGAGCAGAGAUGAUUGUACUUCAUCCCAAAACAUGAGCAGCCUAGGAACCUUAUCAUCGUCAACAUCCAGUUUAGAGAGCGAGAGUGAAAGAAGUGAAAGAAGCACAAGAGCUGAGAAUGAGCUUGAGUCAAAACCCAAGAGGUGGUCGGGAUACAACGCACCUCAGGUAGACUUCUAUGGACCAAUGGUGGGAAACCCUCCACCUGAACCACAACUUCAUUCACAGGCUCCUCCUUGUGCUCAGGUGGUGGACCUGCCUGGGAUCCUGUACAGCCUCUCCAGAGAGGGCCCUUCCUUGGACAGUGACUACUCUCAGGAGAGCGCGGACGAUGCCAGCGACUGGACGUCUUCCCUCAUGAGCCGCAGCCGCAACCGUCAGCCUUUGGUGCUGGGGGAUAAUGUGUUCGCAGACCUUGUAGGCAAUUGGCUAGACCUGCCUGAGGUGGAGCGAGAGGAAGGAGAAGAAAGGGAAAGGAGGAUGAGGAGAGAGGAGAGAAUAGUGGAAGGUGGGGUGGACAGACCGGACACACCAGCGCACCCACUGCGCCUCAGCCGCUCGCAGGAGAUCUGCAGGAAGUUCUCGCUCACCACAAACAUCUUCAAGAAGUUUCUGCGCAGCGUCCGACCCGACAGGGACAAGCUUCUCAAGGAGAGGCCUGGUUGGAUGGCCCCUGAGCUGCCGGAAGGCGAUCUCUUUAAAAGACCCAAGAAAGCAGCACCCAAGAGCUCAAAAGGCAGUUUUUACCUGCCUUUCUGGGCGAACGGACAGCACGGAAAAGGCAGGCCAUGUCUGCAUCUAGCUGAGGCAGACAGGGGACAACACCACCACCAUCAUCAGCCCUGCCCCCAGUUCCACCAGAUCCACCAGCAACCAUUUACAGGACUUUAUUUAGACAGGAGGCAACCAGAGACGGGCCUGGAGAAAAUGCGGCCCUUGUUUGACCACAACACAGCUGUGUGGGUUUAACAGCGUUGCCAGACUGUGUAACAAAUGAUGUGGUCUGUGUUGGCUGGGAUGGAAAGGAAUGAAUGAAUGAAUGAAUGCAUGAAUGAAUGAGAAGUACAAAGUUAAAAAAAAUGAUAAACAUCACAGCUGCAACACUUUUCUCCUGUAUCUAAGAUUAUCAGGGCUACAUUUUGUAUGACAAUCUGACAACUUAACCUGUUUUCUUUAAGUGUAUGAGGGUAUGCUGCAGCAUGCUGGAGAUUUUUUGCAUUCACCUUCAAGUUUUUUAUCACUCAGAUGCAUUUACACAUGUGCACGCAUGAUCGGAUCGCCUGGUUGUCUUAAAAGAUGGUACUUCAAAACAAACACGGUUAUCAGAAUGUCACCAUAAAUGCAAAACUGUAUUUAAAAACACCAACAGACUACAGAACAUGACACUUGUCGCACUCCUUUUCAUCUAGGAAUAGCAACACCAAGUGUUAAACUGAACAGCUAUGUUUUAUUCAAGCGAGGCAACAAACAGCUGUUACCGGACACACUGCCACAAAACAGUAAUCUCAUUUUUUGUUUACUCAUCUCAUCCACUUUGCU